UGAAGAGCGCGGGUAGAGAUGAAGAUUCCCAGGGAUGGCGUCGAGGAUCCUCUUCUCUAUGAGAUCAUGUAUUUCUCUCCAGUGGAGCUUGGAGAUGAACGUUACACCAACAAGCUCUAUUUUCAGACCGAUAUUUACAAUCGCACCUGGCCGACUCUCAUGGCAGACCGGAUGGCACACCAAAUUGAAAAGCUGAAACACUGUGAAAUGGGCAUCGUUGCCUUUGAUGAUGAGUUCAGAAAGACACAUCGCAAGGCCGUCAUUGGUCACUGCAAAAUGGCUUUAGCUUAUCUGGAUGCACGCGAAGCGCGCAUUGCGAUGAAGCUUUGUGAGCAGUGCAUGCCUGCGACAAAAUCCUCAGAGCCCAGAUUGCAGUCGGAUCCCAACGCUGAGUUCGACUUCCUGAGGAUUAUCGCUCUCUCGAAUUUGGCCUGCGCCGCCCGACGGGUGAAAUUCUUCCAAAAGGCCAUCGAUGCCUUGGCAGAGGCCAAGAGUCUGUGCCUGGCGGGUGGUGAUAGUAUUCAACAGCAUCCGCUGCUGAUCGCCUUGACACUGUUGAAUUUGUCGGCAGUUUUGGGUGAUAUUGACCACGACGAGCACGGUCUACGUUGGGGCCUAGAGGCAUUGGCCAUGUUGUACAAUCUCUUUUCGACCCUGGAGCUUCCGGAGAUGGUCCAGGCCUACUAUUUAUCUUUGGCAUGUCACAAUGCUGCGCUGUUGAACGUGAAGCUCGGACGUUGGGCAGAUGCCCAGGAGUUGGUGGAUGAGGGCAUCGAAUUCACCAAGAUCCUUGGUGAGAACGAUGACACCUUGCGCAGCAAGCUCAUCACUAUUGGUGCUCAUGCCAAACAUGUGCCAGAGGUUUUCCUCAGCGAAGCAGUGAACGCCCUCAACGGCUGGAGUCAGGAGAGGGGCGUGUGGAAUCUGAGCUUCUGGGAUUUCACCAUGCCGGAGGUGAAGGAAGUGAUCAGGGUGCUGCAAAACACCCUCACGCUGAACAAGAUCAUCAUAGACCAGAAAGACGAUGACAGACGCUACGACACUGCAGUAGAGAAUGAGCAUCUGGCAGAACUGAUGAAAGCUGUUGUGGAGUGCCACUGCAUGGAGAUGAUUACAAUCUCAGGCAUUGACUUUCAGACCAGAAAGGUGUGGCGCCGGGUCAAAAAGCGCGGUUUUUUGGAGACGCGCUGGUAUGCCUCUGCUCUGAACUUUGCAGAUGUUUGGGGUGGAAGCCAAACGCCUGAAACGGGUCAAUACCAGGGUCUUCUUGCCAGCCUGAAUCACUUCAUGAAGAGGGUGGCCAUGGGUUUGCUUGUUGUGGGCAACGAGACGGAAGGUAUUGACCUGUCCGACAAUGGCAUCAACCUGACCAGCAUCACCAUGCUCGUACAUGCACUCUGCAAGACGGACAGGCUUGCCAGGACGAGACCCUGUCGUCGGCUGAUCUUGAGGAAGAACGACAUUGGUGUUGAAGCUGCGAAAGAAUUGGCGAAGAUUUGGGACGCCGCUGAGCCCCCGCAAGAGGAGGAGGAGGAGGUCUCAAGUGACGGUGAAGGGUUUGCGGAUGAAGAUGAGGAGUUCGAUCCCACGGCAGAGGCCCCGGAGCACGAUGAGUUGCAAGGUGUGACAGCCUUGGACGUGUCUGAGAAUGGGGAUAUUGGUGAUGAAGGAUUCCAGGCUAUACUGAAAGGCAUCUCGCGAUACAACUGCUUCAAGGUAUUGACUGCCAAUGCUAUCAGCCUCACAGCGGCAGGGUGCGCCUGCUUGGAAGGGCUGGAGCAAACGAGGCUAGACACCUUGAUCCUGAAUCAAAAUUCCUUCGGCUGCGAGGGAGUAGCCAACCUCUGCGAAGAGCUGUCAAAGUGUACACGCCUUCGUGUGUUGGAGUUGGAGGGCUGCGGAAUUAAACUGGAGGGAGCCAAAGCCCUCAGGGAGCUUCUCAGGCACCACUUGAAGCUGCAAGAGAUCUCCGUGGCAAGCAACCAGCUCUCGGACGAUGGCGCCAUUGAGUUCUGCAGCGGUGUGGCCGAGUCCUCGCUGAAGUCCGUGAAUCUGGCACACAACGGCAUCGUCAGUGACGAUGCAUCUCAGUCCAUCGGAGACAUGAUGAGGAGUUGCCAUAGCCUUCUGAAGCUCGUCCUCUCCGGGAACUGUUUUGACCACUUGGGACCUUCGCACAUAGGCAGCGCCAUUGAGCACAGUCGCGUGUUGACACUGCAGCUGGAGGAGAUGGGCCUAACAGCGGACUCUAUGGAUGAUUUCUUGGACCAAGGAGCUGCAGAGACGCAGGAUUUGCAAGAGCUGACCUUGAACAAGAAUCCCAUCCACGACGAAGGGUUGGCCAUCAUUGCAGAGAGUCUCAGCAUUGGAUUGAAGAAUUUGCGACUUUCUCAUUGUGGUCUAACGAGUGGAGCGCAGGCAAUUCUGCUGAGUCUUGUGUCCUUGUCUCCCAACCUUCAGCGCCUGGAUUUGUCCUACAACAGCCUCGGUCCAAAAGGAUGCCUUGAUAUGGUGAAGUGGAUGGAUCAGAACGACAAGGAGUCUUUCUCCUUGUCCUUCCUUGAGCUAUCUGGCUGUUCUCUGGGUGACGAAGGCUUUCAACUGUUGGUCCCCAUCAUGGGUUCUCUGCGCUUCCUAGGCCUCCGUGACAACGGAAUCACCUCGGCAGGUUUGCAAGCUGUUAUGAGCGCCAACCAGAUGGUCAAGCUGCAGACCCUGGACUUGGAGGGAAACCAGAUCGGAGAGCAAGGGCUCCACGCUCUCACCGAACGUUUUCAGAAGGAGCACAAGCGUUCCCUGUGGAAUCCCAAGCAAUUGACUUCCAUGAUCGAUCUUGUCAUCCUGAAGAACAACGACAUCUCCCCAGCCCUGGCAGCCUCCACCGAGGCCUUUGUGAAGAUCUACAAUCCGCUGAUGACAAUCCUGUGGUAGACAGGGUGCCACGCUUCACUGGGAGAUCUCCAGUCUCCAAGUGGGUCAUCGUCGACGUCCCAAAUUCACAUUUUAAUAUAUUAAUGCUUUUGAAACAAAAAGUGAAAAUUGAUGAGC